AUGUGGUUCCCCAUGAGCUACAGGGGCCUCCUGACUUCUUUUGUGGCUCUCCAUGUCCUCCGGCUGGGAUCAGGACGUCGUGCUGUGGGACCAGAGCUCCCUCUCCGUGCCACCGUGGGGGAGGACGUCGUGCUGCCAUGUUAUUUGUCCCCUGGCAUGGAUGCUCGGAGCUUCGAGAUCAGGUGGAUGCGGCACCAGUUGUCUGAAACGGUGCACCACUACCGAAAUGGAGAGGACCGGUAUGUGGAGCAGAUGCAGCAAUACGCUGGCAGGACAGAGUUGGCCAGAGAUGGUCUCUCCAAUGGAAUCCUGGACUUGCGAAUUACUGGGCUGAGACCCUCUGACGAUGGCCAGUACGUCUGCACGGUGCAAGACGCUGACUCUUAUGGAGAAGCUACAGUGGACCUGGAGGUGGCAGCCACAGGCUCUGUCCCUCGCCUCUCUCUGGAGGCUUACGAGGACGGAGGCAUCCGCGUGGUGUGUCGAUCGUCCGGCUGGUACCCGCAACCGGCGGUGCUGUGGAAAGAUGCCGGCGGUCAGCAUCUCCCCUCGCUCGCCCAGAGACGUUCCUCGGAUGAGAGGGGCCUGUUUGACAUCGAAGAUGUCAUCGUUGUCACCGGGAAGGGAGAUGGGAAGCGGACCUGCGUGGUCAGGAACAGCCGCCUCGACCAGGAGCAGGCGUCGUCCCUGCACAUCUCAGCUCCCUUUUUCCACAACGCCCAGCACUGGAUGAUAGCUCUGGGUGUGUUCCUCGUGCUUUCAGCUGUGUUCGCCGGCCUCAGUGCUUACCUGUUCCGAAGGAAAGGUAAGUUUGGAAUGGCGGGGAUGGAGCGGGGGGGAUCGGUGCGGAGUGAGGCCGAGCCCUGGCCCACGGACGCAUGCCGAAGGGCCCGAGGGUUGUGUGCGAGCAAUGGUUUUGCCUUCAUUAAGAAGGUGUUUGGGCAAAGGAGGGAAGGGGAAGAGUUACCUGUUCCGAAGGAAAGCGUGGAGAAAGUUUCUGCUUCCUGCAAAUCCAGAUGUGGUGACCCUGGAUCUGGACACGGCUCGUUCCGAUCUUGUCCUGUCGAAUGA